GACGCUGGUGAACCUUUUGGAAUCUUAAAUGCUACCAUACUGGAGAAGAUUCGAUCAGUUCGGGCCGUGAUUUACCCGGAGAACGUUCACUGCGAAAGUUAUUCAUUGAGCUGCUCAUAUUUUCAACCCACGCGGUCAACAUGUGGUCUGGCUUCCUAUAUAGACAAUGUUCAGUAUCAGAGAAUGUAACAACUGAUGUGGUUCUCUUGUGCAAAAUAGUGCGGUGAAAAACUCAUAAAUAUAACCCACUUUGGGCUUGUUAAUGGAUGAAGAGCAUUAGCAAACAAGAAAAGUGGAGUAGAUGUAUAUCAUCCAAAGUUGAAAGGGCCGGUUCUGAAUGAAGAAUACUAAGAGCAUAUAAAAUCUAAUACAAUUUCGUUGAAAUGAAUUUCCUGGCGAAAUAAAUGAAUUUCAAAAAGUUUAAGAAAAGUAUCAGUUCUACAAAAAGCAAGCGGACUAAAAAAGUUGUUCAGGAAAAUCGAUAUACAAGCUUUGGCAAUAGUGAUGAAAAUUUAUCCAAGUCCUCAUCUUCCUCCGCGACUCAGAAGGUGGUGCUACAACGAUCCAGUAAUCAUCAUUUGAGUGAACAACAAAUGGUUAGUAUUAGUGCUGUGCAGCAUUAUCAUAAAAGCAACAGUUCCAAACAAAAGCAGCAUGUCGCCAAAAAGAAAGAGACGAAAGUUGAAUUGAAGAUGAGCGAACUCGAAAGCACAGAGACUGUAACUCAUAAACACACUGGUGAUGACAGAAGCAACAAGCGAAAUCGUCUACGCAGAGCUGUGGCGAGGAAUUGGAAAAGGGUGCGGAAAGUUUUCCGGACUGUCUUUUGCUGCCAGUCGUCAACUUCGUGUGGGAAGAAGUGCUUUGAUUACGUAAGAAAAAACAACUCUCUCGCUAGUACGGAUGAAGAUGAUAUCGAUGCGGCAUUUGAAGGAUAUAAAAAGCAAUUGCUGAUAGCCAGAGGCGGAAAUAAUACUACCGGCAUCCUUGAAGUGGCAUCAACGGUGUCAUAUGAUGAGCUGACACCGUCCCAGCAAAGUACCAUCAAAAAGCUGCAUAAGAAUAAAUUUUGGAACUGGAACGAUAGCGUCAAAUCCAAGUCCGAUAAGUUUCUCGAAUGUCUGGAGAUGGAUGAUAUCAGCUGUGGCGAUGCGAGUUUGAGGAAGAAAUUUACAACCAUCGCCCGGAGGAAACAGAUUACUGCCUUCUGCGAGAACCGGGCGAUUCUGGGGGAGAUUGAACUAGAGGAAGGAAGUGUAACAGAACCUAGCAGCUCCCCACUUUUCGGAGCACCGGGAAACCGUAAUGACACCACCGGUGGUAGUAACCAGGAAUUGUCCAAAGCAAACAUAACUGCAACCGGAGCUCCGGCUGGUGCUCAGCGCAGCAGUGCGACAAGCCCGAUCGGAUCAGCAACAUCGGAACACUGGCCAUCGCAGUCGGAUGAAGACAUUGAUCGGUUAGUGGCAAUGCACCAGAACCGAGCCUCACUCAGCUCACUUGGUGUGCGGUCGGAUUCGAUGGCCUCGGUUUACUCCGGUGCCGGCGAGGGACGGUACGGUACUGUAACGGUUCGCGGUCAAAUCGAAUUCGGUAUGCAGUACAACUACAAACAGGGCGCCCUGGAGAUACACGUCAAACAAUGCAAAGACCUAGCGGCAGUUGAUGCCAAGAGAAAUCGAAGUGAUCCAUAUGUAAAGGUAUACCUUCUCCCGGAUAAAUCAAAAGGUGGUAAGCGUAAAACUAAAGUAAAGAAACAUACCUUGAAUCCGGUAUUCGACGAGGUGUUGCGGUUCCAUAUGUCACUUAGUGGUUUGCAGACCAGGACACUUUGGAUCACAGUGUGGCACUCGGAUAUGUUCGGUCGGAACGAUUUCCUCGGUGAAGUCAUGAUGGGAUUGCAGGACAAAGUGUUUGAAAAUCCUGCACCUCAAAGCUACCAAUUGCAGGAAAGGAGUGAACCCUUCGAUGAUUUGUCCGCAUACAAAGGGGAUAUCAUUGUCGGAUUGAAGUAUAUUCCACCGGAUUCGGAUGGCGGAACACCACAGCACCAUCAACAUAACGGUGGAAGUAGUACUAGCGGUGGAGGAACACUAAAUCUUCGCAAGUUUAGCACCAAGUCGAUAACCUCGACUUCCUCAAACUCAUCCGGGCAAAGUAAAGGGGCAUUACACGUACUGGUGAAGGAAGCGAAGAAUCUUCAACCAGUCAAGGCCAAUGGAACCUGUGAUGCAUUUUGUAAAAGCUAUCUUCUUCCGGACAAGAAUCGUAGCUCGAAACAGAAGACUCCAGUUAUGAAACGAUCGAAUUCGCCCGUAUGGAACUACACUUUUAUCUACGAGGACGUGGCAUUAUCGGAAUUGUCAGAAAGAGCCCUGGAGCUCACUCUUUGGGAUCACGAUAGACUGGCGAGCAAUGAAUUUCUCGGGGGUGUUAGGUUCUCCCUUGGCACGGGCAAACACGCUGGUAAAUCCGUAGACUGGAUGGACUCAACCGGCAAGGAGCUAUCCCUUUGGCAAAGCAUGAUAAACAGACCAAACUUUUGGGUGGAAGGCGCCCUAGUCCUUCGACCUUCAUUAGACAAUGCGAAAUUUGCCUCAUAAUUAUACGAAACAUCUGUAGAUCGAUUUAGGGAAAUCACGUAGUAGCGGGUCUCCCACCCCAUUUCCUGCCCAUCCACCAUAGCUCCCUGCAGUGUAGUAAAUAUCACGCAGAGAGAAAUCAUUCCAACUUUGUGAUGUUGCUUUACAACAACCUAACCAUAGAUUGUAAUCCAAUACUUUUAAGACGGGACGCGACAGAAGAAUUGAAGAAAGCAUUUUUCGAUAAUCUAACCUUAUGAACGACAGACAAUGAUGCUUAAUAAUGAUCGGUGUUCAGAUAAAAAGUACUAAGAGAAGUAUACUUUUUACAAUUCAGUAAAUUUUAUAUCCUUUUAUUUUUUUGACACUCUUUAUGUGUACAUAGAAUAGCUCUACACAUUCGAGACAAAGUAUUAUUUUUCGAAGAAACUAAAUAUCAACUAUAAUGUUCAUUUCACUCCAUUUAUUCUAAUAGAUGUUUGUAUACCAUAGUUCCAGCAAAGAAUGGUCUCCAUUUUUACUAUUUCUAAUACAACAACUGAAGAGUGAACAUUGUUGACUUACCCAGCAUGUACAUACAUAUAUACACGCAACCUUUUAACAAAUAUUUCUCAGCGCUGUGAAUCUUUACUAAUUCAUGUUGGAAUCAAAAACACAUUCGGUUUAACUGCGUUCAAUGCAGAGAGUAAUUAGGAUGCACACGUCUGAUAUCUAACUAAUUAUUGAGAAUGACUACUGUGGAAUUAGACACUGUCAAACAGUGAGUUUCGUUGCAAAGCCAAUAGAGAAGGGGUACAGAGAAUAAAAAAAUGCCUGUUUUUUUAUCAACACAACAGUUUAGGAGAAACUAUCUAUCACACAAAAUGAAAUAAAAUAAAAUAGUAGGUAACCAAGACGUGAAAACUGACUGAUUGUGAAGCAUCGUAAGCUUAAUAACGGAUCUAUCGAGGAGCCUGUUGACGAAAGGAAUGUGUUAUGUCUGAAAGGGAUUCCAUGAACAAAUAAUUACAAUUGUGAAAUUAUACAAAGGAUAAAGUGAAGUAUCAAGUAAACCCAACUCUUAUGAACAAAACUUAGUGUAGAAAGUAAAUCAUUAAAUGAAUGACAAAUGUAUCAAGUUUAAAUACCUUGGGCUUAAGAUUUGUCAGUAGAAAAUUUCAACAGAUUUUGAUGCGUAUAGUUGAACGAAACAUUGUAAUCAGAUUGUAAGACCCAACAUAGCAAAAACUAAUUAUAAACGUAUGGGUAGAAAAAAAGAGUUGUAAACAACCGUCUAGCCAUAGUGCCGAAUAUUAAUUUCAUAACAUGCCAAAAGUUUUUGCAUAUGUCUCGAUUAGCGAGCCGUACUUUGGCAACGACAAAAUAACUUACAAUCACACUUACAUCAAAGACGUUGUAAAUACUAUCGUCAUUUUUGGUUUCUUUGAUUUGCUUACAAUACUGUGCGAAAUAACGCCAGUUAUUAUUGUUUUUUUAUCUAAUCAACAAACAACCUGUGAAAGAACAAGGCUAAGCAGUCAUGCUUAGAUCUCGAAAAAAGUUUCCUUAUAACUUUUCUUUCAAUCUAUUUUGAUGUUUGUAUCCAUUUAAGAUAAGCGUUUUCUCUCUAAGAUGACAUAGAAAUACUACAAACUACACUUCUUCAUAUUUACAAUCUGUUGAAUACUAUUAAACUACUUAAAAUUCACUUGUGUGAUACACAUCAAAUCAACACUAAGGGCCAAAACUACGCUCAUUUAAUGAAACAAAUACAAGUUCUUCUCCAAGUUAUGACACGAUGCUCAAUUAUAUAAUUUAUAGCGAAUGACUGCAAAGAAUGCAUGCAAUCCUAAUCCUAAUGAAAAGAUGAAACCAUUUCAUACAUUAGUUUUUAUAAAAACUGUGCAAUCACAUACAUGCAACCCUCGAACAACUAAAAAAAACUUUAUUCUUAUGCUGAACGGAAUGGCAUGUUUUCCGAACUAAAAUUCAUCAAUCAUUACCCUUAAAUAUAAUAAAAUCUUUUCGACCAAACGACACGAAUUCUUCGAUGCAAAGACGAGGAAAAAGUUAUUAAAAAUAAUAAACAUAUUUAUUAAAAACCAUGAAAGCAUUUCUUUCGCUUUGCUUCUGGAAUGUUGGCAGUUUCCGCUUAGACAUUGUUGUAGUUCCUUCCCCAAAGCGUCAACAUUUGAAGAAAAGAAAUCGUACCGAAAUCGCUUGAAAUAUUCCAUUUCAAAUUGUCUUUUAUUGAAUUGGCAUUUCGAAAUUAUUUUGAUUCAUCACAAUAUCUAGAUUUCGCGUUCAUACGUCAUUCUUCAAAGAACCAAAAGAUAAAAAUAAUUUAAUCAAAGUAGUGCGUUACAUGUUGCUUAAUUAAACGACGUUGACAUAAUAAUAACAAGCAUAUUUGUCCAGUUUGCAAGUUUUCAAUUUUACCAAUCCAGUAUAGAAAAACUCAUGCAGAGUUAUUGAGUCAAGCAGUAACAAACAAUUUGUCAAGCCAAUUCGAAGAACAUUAGCAUGCGAUAACGGUUAAUUUGUACAGAGUUAUUUUUUCUGAGGAUUAUACCCAGAAAACAGAAUUCAUGAUAGUUGAAGCGCCAUUAGCAAGAAAACUAUUAUACACAAUGCAAGUAUAAUGAAGGGAAACCAGGAACAGAAAAAUGGACAAUUAUACAAAUAUAUUCACUUUGCAAUAUAUAUCAAAUGCAAAACCUGA